AUGUCCCCUCUGUUGUUCAGGGCUGUUGCAGUUACUCUUAUCCAACUAGUGCUGUUCGUUGCUCAGAACGGUGUUGGAGCAGAUUUCAGUGAUAAUUGUGACGAUUCGACCAAUUCCCUUUCAUGCAUCCAUACCUAUGAGCAGCUUUAUAACAGCUUAGCAAAGUCAGACAACAGUUUUAACAUCGAGUCAGCCCUAUAUCCAGCCAAGAGGCCUUCCUCUGUCCGUGUGUUUGUUAAUCUUUAUGGUCCCAACAAAACGGAAAACCUCAUGGCAGAGUACACUUGGAGCUUAUCCUGUCUGUAUGUUGCUCUUCCAGUAUACUACCUGCAAAUUGCUUCCCUCGGAUCUAUUCUUGUAACACCUAGGACUCAAGCGUUGGACAUAACGAUUCCACACUUCUGCUGCAAUGUUUCAAAGAAAGAGGAUGGAAGAAGGAAGGCAAUAGGAGACAUGAUUGAAAGAGUUCACGCUUCACUUCAAGAUCUGGCCAUAUCACAAGGGAUACGGGAUCCAAGGCUGAACACAGCAGAAUGUGUUACCAAGGGCCACGGCUUAGGGAUGACAGAUAUAGGAAGCAAGUUGCACAUUAUUAUAAUACUUUUGGUGUUUCCUCCUAUAGUUGCUAGGUUAGGUAGUCCAGCGUUAGUUCUAUUGCUUGAAGAAUUUAUACAAGAUAUUUGGUUCUUGUAUGUAAAGAGUCGACAUUUGAAUACAAGGGAAAAAAGGCGAAUCACGAACACAGUUAAGGCCUUCCUUAUUCUCAACACGGUGUUAAUUUAUAUCAGUUUCUCUUUCUUGCUUUUAAUUCCUCUAAUGACAUCCGUUGAGAUGCUUGAAAGAAGGAAGCCAUGGGAUGCUCCCUCUUUUGGAUGGGUUUAUCCUUCAUUGGCAUUUUUCCUCUUUAUGUCAGGUCUUGUGCACUGCGUACAUCACCGCACUUGUACUGGCGAAUUUUUAGAAUAUGUGGGGAAGACGUCAAAUGAUCACGUUUCGCUCUCCAGAAUGCCAUACUGUCUUAACGCAUUCUUUAUAAUAUUCAGUUCCUGUUGGAUGCUAAUCGGCAUAAUGCUUAACCCAACUUGGGGUUUGACCGUUGCACUCAUAAUAUACUUCACUUAUGCUGCCUUCAUUUAUACAGCCUACGUAUACUACUCUUUGACAAGCGGGCGACCAGAAGAAAAAUUUGCUAAACCUACCGCUCUAAUUGCAUGUACGUUUAGUUUUCUGAUUGUAAUUGGUCUGAUAAUAAUAGCAGUUUUUGCCGGACAGUCAUUCUAUGCAAGAGAAACCGCAGAUGAAAUGCUUAAGACCGCGUUGUUGACUAUUCUUGGUUCCUUUAUCUCCUGGUUUUCUUGGAAGAGGUUUUUAAAAACUAACCAAACGUUAAAAAACGAGCAAGCCCCGCCUCCAUCCAGCGACACGCCCAUUACACCUCUUAUAGGUAAUCCUCUGAACGAAAAUAACGAAACUGUUGCAUGCAGCGAGACUCAGCCUCUCUUACAAAUAGAAAGUUCAGUGUAAAAAUAUUAGAACUGCGUCGCUAGAUGAAAAUUCAGUUUUUGGGAGAUUUCUAGGGUGACGUACUGACAAUUAUCUAGAUACAUUUAAGUAUUCUUUAAAGAAUUUCUUAAAAAUUCUUUGGGGGUAGAGAUAUUUUAAUAAUCUAACUAGUAAAAGUAAAGGAAUGGAAAGCCAGAAUUCGGUACAAAUAUAGCAAUUUCUUUAGAAAUUCCUUACGUAUGCUGUUUAGGUAAUUUUGUGUCUACUAAAUGCCGGUUAGUUGUAACAUAAGAUUUUAUAAAAGCAAGCGACUUUCGACAAUUAAUAAUUCCGGCAUUAAAGCUGAUUCAGUGCAUACGUGCGGAAUAAUAAACAAGGAAUCGAUGUCAUGUUAAGUUUUUAUUAUAACUGGAAGAAAAGGUUCAGAGAUGAUAAUACUUUGUUACUUUGUACCCCUCUUAACACUGAGCACAUCUAUGAAUGGGAUAGCUGUAGUGUGAACGGUUAUCACACCCUUAUUAAAGGAGUCACCACUUGGUGUAUUCAGUUACUUAUAUUGACAUGUAGAAAAUUAUAUAAAUCGGGAGACUUUUAAUUGAUUUUUAUUGAGUCUUAUUAUUAAAAUUACUCAACUACAUAGAAGAGGGUAUCAAUUGGGUGAUGGCUUUUACGGCUAACUGUUAAAAUGUUGGCCAUUUCACAGUUUAACAGUUAAUUUCAAUUCCUUGUAUUUGAGAGAAAAAUGUUACGGUUAACCUUUUUUACGACUAGCAGUUACAAAAUGCUAAUUUUUAGGCCUAAAGGAUACACGGCUAUUGGUUAACCCCAUUGAGACCCUCAAAGGAGAGAAAUAGCAUCUAACUUUCUUAAUUUUUUAAAUAAAUGACACUUGGAUAUUUUAACCAAUAAACUAGCUUUGGAUGUUAAGACUUCUUUCAUUUGUUUCCUUUUUAAGUGUAUCAGGAAAAGUCAAGACUCACGAUUAGCAUGCAAGAGCGCAAAUUAGCCUAAAAGACAGAGAAAUAUUCCCGCACUACUAAUUAGUUGUAGGAGUUCAGUUGGUAUAAAUCGAC